ACCAGAAUCCAGUGUAGCUGUAUUGCUAUAGGAGUCACCUGUGAAAACUUGGAUUAUUUUGUCUUAAGCAGCGUACCAAAAAGGACAAAGAGAGACUGAUGGCAGCUCUGUUUGAAAACAUGAUGGCAGUCAACAUGUUACUGAGUGUCUUCAUUCUUCCAGGUAUUUAUGCUUAUAAAUGUAACAGUGGACAGACAGCUUUUCUCUUCAUUACAACACCAAAGCCUGCUGAAGCACUGAAUGGAUCUUGCUUGCAUGUGCCAUGUAGCUUCAGAGCUGAAAAAGGAAACAAUGCAUUUAACAAUGAAUUUAACAGUGAACGAAACACCUCUGGAGCAUGGAUUAUACGUGAUAAGCAAGUCUUCAACAUGAGUCAUGGAGUUCAUAGCAAUCGGAUAAAAAUAACUGGAGACCUGAGUAGGAAAAACUGCACCACUUUGUUCUUUGAUAUAAAGACAAGUCAAGCAGGUGAAUACUACUUCAGAAUAGAGAAUGGAAACUACACGGCAACAGCUUGUUCUCAAGCUCUUCAGAUAAAAGUCAAAGAUUCUCCUUGGAGUCCCAGCAUUAAUAUCCCUGUUGGUGAUCUGAAGGAGCAUCAGUCUGUCACUAUAAGCUGCUCAGCUGUGACUCCCUGUCCACACUCACCUCCUGAACUCACCUGGAAUCUCCAUCAAGACUCUGACAGACAAACAGAGAAAAACCCAGAUGGAAUCUUUACAACUAAAAUCCAGGAGACCAUCACUCUGUCAGACACACAUGAUGGAUACAACAUCAGCUGUUCUGCCAGAUAUCCUGUGAAUGAAGGAAGCAAGACAGCAGAGACAGAUGUGACUCUCAGUGUUUCAUAUGCUCCUAAAGACACCUCAGCAUCCAUCAGUUCAUCAGGUUUGGUGUCAGCAGGUAGCUGGGUGGAGCUGAGCUGCUCCAGCAGAGCCAAGCCUCCUGCCAGCUUCACCUGGUUCAGGAACAGCAAACAUGGAGCCAUUAAUGUAUCUGUGGGGCAGGUUUACAGCUUCACUGUUACUGAGGGAGGAGAAUAUCACUGUGAGGCUACAAAUGAUCUGGGGAAUCAGAGAUCAUCAGUGCUCCUUCUUAAUGUUGAAGCAAUUUCACAAUGGAUUCAACCUCCUGCAGUGAUCUUUGCAGUGAUAUCUGUCAUUGUGGUGAUCUGCUUGGUGAUCUCUUUUUGGUGGAUUAAAUUUAAACAUCCAACUCCACAACAGGUUCAGAAUCAAACCGGUGUGGGGGUUGAAAUGGCAACCAAUAAUUCAGAGGAAGAAGUCCAUCAUGGAGGACUGAACUCCCUACCUGAAGCAUCAUCGCUCUAAUUGCAGAAGAGUGGAGAGCUGGAGACAGAGGACGCUCAGGCCAAAGUCUGUGUUGGCAGACCAUAGGACAUCUAUUCAAGUGAAGAAAAAAUGAAUUCUCUAAAGUUAAUUGCUUAACUUCCCCAUUCUCCAUUUCAUUUGUUUUUGCUGUAUUUGUAAAUUGAUCACAGCCAUGUUAUGCCUUCUUCCACUAUGACAUUUACAGAUUACAAAAGGAUUUCUUUGGAUGGCAUUCUGUGCAUUUCACACCAUGAUAGAUGGUGCUUCCGGAAGCGCUUACGUUCUAUGCUUUGACAUUAAAGCAUGCCUUAAAACCCAGAGUAGUUUAAUAACAGCUUAUGUCAGUAAUAUCAAGGUAUUUUUUAGAUCUUGUGUUGUAACUGCAUUAGUUUUAAUGUUAAUAAUGAGAACCUCUGAUCAGAUUCACCAGGUCCUAAUGUAUAAAGUGAGUCUUUGCACAAAAACAUGUGGAAAUCCACGCAAACUUUCGAUCCUCCGUGAGAAUUUGUGGCACACUUUUUAAAUUUACAAUAUCACAGGUGCAAUAAAGGAGCAUCAAACCUGAUGUUUUACUAUAAGUUUAAGCUUUCAUUAAAUUCAACUUAUGCAAUGUUGCCAAAUUACAUUUCUUUUCAUUCAACACCAAGGAUUGAGAGGUAGGGAACAAUCUCAAUCAAACGUAAACUGUAAAUGUUGUAGCAUAUUUGCUGGCAGGUAAGAUAAUCACAAUAAAACCACUGUCUAGAUGAAGUCUUAUUUCUCCAUUUUAAAACAAAAACAAAGAAAUGCUUUUUCUUUAUAUGCAACAGUUGGAACAUUCUUCCCAUGGUGACAAGUUUAACAGUUUCACCUGCAACACAAAUAUCACUAUUACCCAGUAGCCGUUGCAGCUACUCCAGUCUCGCACAUCGUUAC